CAAAAUGAGGAACCAGAAGACCCCGCUUUAAUGGUGGUGCCUGGUUCUUCAAAGUCUGUAUCUGGAGUCAGCAAAUAUCGUGACUUUAUUCGUUGCUUACCUGUUAACCUGUCCAAGAGGAUUUUAGGUCUGCUGGAUGAGAGCACGUUGAGAUGCUGCAAGAGUGUCGGCCAGUACUGGCAGCACCUCUCAGAGGAGACCUUGGAGGAAAUUAAGCUUAGAGGAAUUUUCAACAAUCAAAUCAAAGCCAUGAUGGAGUGUUGCCGCGGUAGUAAAACAGUCAACCCUUCUUUUGCCAACUUCGUGGGAGUCCCAGUGCCUGCGAAUGACGAGGAGCAAGAGGUUGUUCAUUCUGCUUUCCAGAAGGUUCUGCUGUUUGAAGCUGUCUAUGCCAAAAUUAAAACCAAGACAGUUCAAAUGGAGGAGCGAAAUGUUUAUUGCGGCGCAUAUUUUACCGAAGAGCUACUAAACCAAGAAGACAAACGUCGUGUUUUGGACUAUAAAGGCGGCUUCCUGAUGGCGAUGAGCUCAAAGAACCCUUGGGUGCAGCUGCUCCACGUGGCGUCGGAAACAAAAACCGUGGCGGUGAUGAAAGGGCACGUUGGCCCGGUUCGAGCAGUGCUGCUUUGUCCUGACAGAGAUCUGCUGAUAACUGCAGGCUGUGAUGCAACUAUCAGAUGUUGGAAUAUGAAGACCGACAGGUGUGACCUGGUGCUCAACGGUCACAGUGGGGCUGUAAACUGCCUCGAUGUGCACACUGAUAGACUAGUCUCAGGAGGUAAAGAUUGUACAGUAAAAGUUUGGAGUCUACACACUGGGAAGCGUUUUCAGGAUUUGAACUUCAAACACUACAGUUCUGUCCAGUGUGUGAAGAUCAACAGAACCACCAUCUACAGCAGCUGUGGUCGGGGAAGGGUGAAAAUCUGGAACAUGGAGAGUGCUUCGCUGCUCAAAGUGAUCUAUGCCCACAAGAGCUCAGUGAAGUGUUUGUUUUUUGAUGAGUGGCACCUUCUGUCCGGGGACUCUGAAGGCAAAGUCAUGGCAUGGAGCGUCAGUUGUGAAGCUGCAGGCUGUCUCAUGACAUUCAACCACCCAAAGGGGGUAAAAUCUUUGACCCUCGCCUACCUCCGUGUUAUUACCGGCUGUUCUGAUGGAAAGAUCCGCAUAUUUAACUUCGUCACUGGAGAUUGUUUGAGAGACAUCACUCUGGGGUCUGAAUCAGGUCCUCUGCUGUCCUUGCACUUCCAAGACCACAGUAUUUUAGUGAACACAGCAUCCAGUGUGCAGCUCUACCAGUUCGCCAAAGAGUCCUGGGAUUACGCAAACCCAGCACAGGCGGGCGCUGGCGACGUGGUGCCUCAGGACCGUUCGGUUUCUGAGGGAUCGGCAGGUUUGGUCAGAAGAUUCCCUCCUAACUCAACGGAAAGAUGUGGCACGACUUCGCAGAGUCCGAAGAGUCUUUACCCAAACCGUGGGAAACCAGAGUUUCUUCAGCAGAGGGGUUUCCUUGCUACCCCAAGUAAAUCUCAAAGACAAACUAGAGUGUGCGGUGACGCUCGUACACAGUCGGUGAUUCAGAGUGAGAGGGCUGCAUGUGAACGGAUGAGGAAGAGAGGUCCUCAUCAUCCUCCUACAGGGGAUGCCAUGCUCCUCAGGGUGGGUGCCAUCCAGAGGGCGCUGUGCGCGGACGAGGUCAGCAUCAACAUGGAGAACAAUGCCAGGCUGAGAGAUUCGUGGGGGCCCUGUGAUCCCAAACAGGACCUCCAGAGUCGACUGUGUCCACAGCAGCCUUCACGCGACGGUGGCCGCAGGGCAAAAAGCUGUGUGCCGACACUGAAGAGGGCCGUCAGUCGAAACAUGACAUAUAAACCCCGAAGAAGAGAGGUUUCCACUGCGCCUAACUCCCCAAAGAGACACCGCUCACCUCACACAACACAGCCUGAUCGUGGAAAGACUCUAAUAGCAGUAAAGAGGAUGGAUGGGCUCAGUAGAUGUGUCACAGAGGGGCCUCGUCCAGAAAGCUGUUGUGAAGGCAGCACAGCUCGUCCAGCUUUGCGUCUCUCCAGAGAGCUGGGAGGAUUCCGGCUGUUCCCCGCGAUGCAGCUGGAGGACUCUUUCCAGUCCAAGACAGAGACGAAGCAGAGCGUCCAGCAAACGGUGCAGAACCUUCCAGAGGCAAACAUGCAUGAAUAGAUUAUUGAGUAUUAGUUUUAUUAGAUGGCAUGAUGAACCGUGUUAUUACUCCACACCCCUCUUUAAGUUCAUUUGCUCAACUUUUUUUUUUUCUUUUAACUUGCUGUUUCUUUGAAUUUCCACUAGAGGUCAGCAUUGUAUCAUCUGCUCUGAAACUCUGUAACUAUAUGGUUUCAACUCUACUUUCUAUAAAAAA